AUGCUUGAAAGGCGUAAUAUAUAUCAUAAGAAAGGGGAAGGGGGGCAUUUGAAUAAAAGACUUGUAACAAAAAAGAAAAGUAAAAGAAAAGGAAGGUAUACUAAAACGCCUUUGAAUAUGCUUGAAAGAAAUAAUAAGAAUAUAAAAUUAUUAAUUACAGAUGAUAUAUCAAGAUUAAUAUAUAAAAAUGAAAUAAGAGAAAAGGAAGUUAUAUCAUCAAACGAUUAUUAUAAAAAGAUUAUAAGAAGUAAUAAUUAUGUGGUUCGAUUACAUAAUUUAUAUAAUGAAUUUAAAUUAGAUGAUUGUUUAAAUUAUGGUUUAGAGAAUUUAUUAAAAUUAAAAAAGAAUGAUUAUAUAUCGAAAGUAGAAUUUUUAAGAAUUAUAGGGAAUAUAUAUUUCCAAAUAGAAAAAUAUAAAUAUAGUGCUAUAACAUAUAUGUUGUUAUGUAAUAUAUUGAAUAGAAUUGAUUAUGAUGAAUAUAAGGUUGAACUUUGUUAUAAUGCUGGUGUUGUAUUUAUAAAAUGUUUUUUACAAUAUAAUGAUAUAAAUUUUUAUAUUAAUGCUAAGAAUGCUUUACAUUAUUCCUUAAUAUAUAAUGAUAAAAAAAAUAAUAUAUGUUAUAAUGAACAUAUAUAUGACAAUACUUUACUUAUACUUAAACAUCAUUUUCCAAAUAAAUUUCUUUCCAAAAUUAAUAAAAAGAAAAAAUUGUCAAAUUUGUUUAAAGAAUAUAUUACUACAACAGAUGAAAGUUUAGCACAUCAGAGUAGUACAUAUCUUUCUGAUUUGAGUAUAGAUCAAUUGAAAAAAAAAAAAAAAAAAAAUCAAAAAAAAAAUUUUAUACAUUUAAAUAACCAGCAAGACGGUGAUAAUAUCUCACUAACUUCUUCGUAUUUUUAUAAAAGUGUGAGUAGCGUAGAAGACAGCACAUCACGAUGUAAUAAUUAUUGUAUAGAUUAUGGAAAAGGUAAAACUAGUGAUAAAAUGGAUAAUUCCUUAUGUAAUAAACAAAAAAGGAUUAGUGAAAAAACAGACACAUUAAAGGAUAAGAAUUCUUCUUUCUUAAUUAUGGAAACAGUACCUUCCAAAGCUUCUAAUAUAUAUUUAAAUAAUUUUUUAAGCUAUGAUAAUAAUAUUGAACGAGAAAAUAACAAUAAUAUUAAUAAUAAUGAUAUUAAUAUUAAUAAUCAACAUAAUAUUAAUAAUAAUAAUAAUAUUAAUAAUCAACAUAAUAUUAAUAAUAAUCAACAUAAUAUUAAUAAUAAUCAUUGUAAUAUUAAAAACCAACACGAUCUUUUAACAUUUCCACGUGAAGAUCGAUUAACGAAUCUGAGGAACCAGGAGACUUAUAAUAAUAAUAUUGUUGAUGAUUUAGCUAACACGUGCAAUAUGAACCCCUUUUUUCAAAGUGAUUCUUUAAAAAAUAAUACAAAUUUAAUGACAAAUAAUAAUUUCCAAAGUGUAAUAAAUAAGAAUAUAUCAAAGGUAUCCAUAAUUCCUCCAUCUAACGUAAAAUAUAAUUCAUUCACGAAUGUUACAAGUAAUAUAUAUCACAAUGUAUCUAAUAAUUUAUGUAAUAACAACUUAAAUAAUAUAUUUAAGAAACCUAAACAAAAUGUUACCUUUAAUAAUUGUUCGAAUAUAUUUAGAAGUUCUUCAAAUAAUUAUUUUAACGAUUCUUUGUAUAAAUUACAACUACAAGAUGAUAAUUCAAUGAAUGUACAACACAUAGAAAAUAAAAGGUUUUUAGAUAUUACAAGAAAAUCUGAAUCUAUUAUAAAUAAUAAUAUAAUAUCAAAUGUGGUUAAUAACUUAAAUGUAAACAGAAUAAAUGAUGUAUGUAUAAAUGCUCAUAAUAAUAUAAUAGAAAAUGUAUCAUAUCCAAUACAUAAAAAUGUAUUGAUGUCAGUACAAAAUAAUAUACCUAUAUCUCAACAGAAUAAUUUUAAUAAAUAUUUAACAAAUAAUAAUGAACAGAAUAGAUAUACAGAUAUGUAUCCAUUUUUUCAAGCAAAUACAAAUCAAAAAGUUGCUUCUGAUUUUGUUCAUAAACCUAUCCUACAUAUUCAUAAUAAUUUACCAAAUAAUGUUUUUAAUAAAUCACAAAGUUAUGAUAUGAAUAAUAAAAAUGUAGGUUUCUUUAAUUACAAUCAAGGAACUCAUUCCCAAUUCUGUCAACCUGAUGUUACUAAUAUUGUUGUACCUAUUAAAGGUAUGAAUAAUAAAUUAUUAAAUAUGUCAAUAAAUAAAUCAUCAAGUAUGUCAAUGAAUAAAUCAGCAAGUAUGUCAAUGAAUAAAUCAGCAAGUAUGUCAAUGAAUAGAUUACCUAAUAGUGUUGUCAAAAUACCACAGCUUACUUUUAAUAAUAAUCAAAGAUUAAAUUCUGUUAAUAUUCCACAAAGAGGAUCCUUGAAUAUUAUUAGUUCAAGUGAUGUGAUCAAUGUACCAAAAAAUAAUAUAUUUACCAAUAUUCCAGAAAAAACUGCGCUUCAUUAUGAACAAAAUGGUGUGUUCCAUAAUUUUCAACAUGUUAACAUGAAUUGUUCAGGUCAAAAUGUGCAUAUGAAUAUUGACAUAAAAGAAAAGCAUAGUGAUAUUAACAUAGAAGAAAAGCAUAAGGAAUUUAACAUAGCACAAGAACAUUUCAAUGUUAACAUAUCAGAAGAACAUAUCAAUGUUAACAUGUCAGAAGAACAUAUCAAUGUUAACAUGUCAGAAGAACAUAUCAAUGUUAAUAUGCCAGAUCAUAAUUUAAAAAAUUAUUCUAAUAAUUACCAAAAAAAUUUAACAAAUAAAAGGCUCUCUUUUUCAAAGAGUUACAUAAAAGGUAUGUAUUUAAAAUCUGAAGAAAGUAUAGAAAAAGAAAAUAAAAAUGUUUAUGGAAAAAAUGAAUAUAACAAUUUGUAUAAGGAACAUUUUAUAGAAACCAUUCCAUCACAGGAUAGUAGUAGAAAAAGUCAUGAUUAUGACCAUGUAAUAUCCAUAAAAGAUGACGAUGUAGAAAGUAAGAUUCCUAUGAAUAAUAUAAAAGUUGAAAAUGAUAAAGUCCAUGAUAAUAAUAACUAUAGUAGUAUGCACAAAACAAAGCAUCAAAUGAACUAUACAGAUGAUACAUUUUUAAAUGAUUUAUUACAAGAUAAUUAUUUUAAAAAAUUGUAUGAUAGAAAUAUUAAAAAAAUGAUGGAGGAAAGAGAAAAUGCAUCUAAAAAUAUAUUUGCUAAAAAUAAAAAAAAGAAAAUCAUUUUAAAUAUUUUAAAAAAGGUGUACUAUAGAUAUGAACAUAAUUUAUCAAAUGAAUAUUAUAAUAUAUAUAAGUUGAAAAAUCAAGAAAAGAAAAAUAAAUUUGUUGUAAAAAAUAAAACCAUUGUGACAUUUCUCGAAAAAAUGUUUAGAAUUUGUAAAAGGUUUGAUGAAAAUAUGAAUAAUAAAAUACAAUUUAUUGAUACCUAUACUUAUAAAACCAAAAAGUUAAGAAAAGUACAAAAAAUGAAAAAUCUACAAAAUGAUAUAUACAAUAAUAAAUAUGAAAAUAAAAAUAAAUGCAAAUGCAAAUACAAACAUGUAUAUAGUUUGGAUAAUUUGGAAAAGUAUCAUAACAAAUUAUUACAUCUACCAUCUAAUAGGAAACAAUAUAUUACAAGUAAUUAUCAUAUUAAUGAAGAUCAGUCUAUAAAUCAAUCCAACUCAAAACAGCUUAUUAUUAAAAGUAACACAUCUAAUAUGAACAAUAAUAUAAAAUUUAAUAGUUUUAAAGAAAAGAAUAGAGUUUUAAAAAGAGCAGCUUAUGAAUUAUCACAUAAUCCUAGAUAUGUAUGUGAUAAAGGAAAUUAUUCAAUAAUAUCUGAUAUGAGAAAGGAAAAGAGACAAAGACAAUAUAUAGAACAUAUGAAUAAAGAUAUAUAUAGAAAGGAUGUAAUGAAGGAUGAAAAUUUAAAUUAUAAAUAUUUUAUAAAAUUAUAUAAUGAAAUAAGAAAUGAUAUAAACGAUAAUAAUGAUAAUAUUGAUACAAUAAAUUAUAGUCAUAUGUCUAAUAAUUGUGAUAAUAUUCAUAAAUGUAUUUAUUAUGAAGAAAAAUUAUAUAGAGAAAAAAAAGAAAUAGAAGAUAUUGUACAUAUAAAUAGCAAUAAAUAUAAUAAGAAAUUAAUAAGAGACAAAGUAAAAAAGUUAAGUUCUUAUAAUAAUCCUAUUAUUAACAAUAUAUCUGAUAAAUUUAUAUAUGAUGUAGAAAAAAUCUUCUUAAUGAAAAAAUAUUCCUACAUAAUAAAAGGCUUAAGAAAAAACGAAAAUAUUAAACAUAUAUAUUAUUUAUAUCAAAAUAUGUAUGAUAUUACGUACAAAUUAGAUCAUAUGAACAGUAGUAAUUUUUUUAAUAUUUCUUCAUAUAUAAUAGAUAUAUUAUUAUUAUCAGAAAUUAAGGAGAAGGAUAUAUUAAAAAAAAAAAUAAAUAAAAUUAAAUAUUCCUAUAGAAAGUUUUAUACAUCUACGUCUAACAUUAAUAUGAAUAAUAUUAUAAAAAGAAUAAUGGAAAAUAUGCGUACUGUUUCUGGAAUGAGGAACUAUGCAUCUAAAUGUGAGGACGCACAUGUAUGUUUUAACAUGAGAAAAAAGAGAAGAAUUAUAAAAAAUAAGGAUACAGCCAUAAAUAUCAUGAAGAAUAAUAAUAAUAUGAAGUGUAGUUCAACAACGACAGUGAAUAAUAGUGAUAGUAAUUCAAAUAAUAAUAAUAAUAAUAAUAAUAAUAAUAUUAAUAUUAAUAAUAUUAGUAAUAAUAAUAUUUGUUAUAGUAGGGACCAUUUUUAUUUUAAUCACAAAUGUAAGGUGAACAAUUUAGAAAAAAAUUAUCUUGUCAAGGAUAAAGAUAGCUUUUUUACGAGGGAUAAUAAAAAGAAUAAUACUUAUGAUGGUAAAAUCAAUAAAAAUAAAGAACAGGUAAUAAAAAGAGAAAGUAUAAGCAAUAAUAAUAAAUAUGAUAAAAAGAAAGAUGAAGAGAAUGUUCAAAAGAAUAAUGAAGAUGUGGGUCUGUCAAGUCAUUCAACUGUUGUAGGUACAGAUGUUAAGAAGCCCAAGAAAGAGAAUUUAUAUUAUAAAUACAAUUGUGCGAGAGAAGAAUUAUUAUAUGAAAUGAAGAAACAUGAAAAUAAAUAUAUAAGAAUUGAAACAUUAUAUGAUUAUUAUAAUGAUAAUAUAAUAAAUAUAUGUGAUAAUAAAAUAAGAAAAAAAAAAAAAAAGAAUCACGAUAAAUUUAUUUUAAUGCUGUUUUAUUAUCACAGUAAUAUGUUGAAGGAUAAUAAAUUAUAUAAUAUUAUAUUUGAUGUAAUCAGAUUUUUUCUUUAUAAUAAUAUUAUUACGAAAAGGAAUGCUCAUAACCAUAUAACAUUGAUAAAGAUAUAUGAGCUUUUUAUUUUGUACAAAUAUAAAUAUAAAAAGAUAUUAACAUUUUUUUUUCAUGAUGUAGAAGAUGAACAUAUUGAAAAGAAUAAUAAGAAUGAAGAAAUAGAUUAUAUAAAAAAUAUAUGUGAUUCUGAUAAUUAUAUAGAAUUAAUACAUUGUCAUUUAUUUAUGUUACGUUUAUUAUAUAAAUGUUAUAUGAAUAAGUUAAAAAAUAAAUAUGUGUAUGAAAAAAUAAAUUUGCAGUAUAUUAUAAAUUAUACAUUUACUAUUUUAAAUUGUUUAUUAAUAAAAUAUAGUUAUAAUAAAAAUAAUGUUGAAGUAAGAAGACGUGUAUUAUUUUUAUUUUCAGAAUUUUUGUAUAUAAAUUCUAAAUAUUAUUACAAAAAUAUAUUACAUUUUUUGGAAAAGUAUAAUAUAGAUAAUAUAAUAAAAAGUGAAAAGAAUAUCAUGAAAAUGAAUAAUUUAAAUGGUAAUGAUAAUAAUGAUAAUAAUUAUAAUAAUGAUAAUUAUAAUGAUAAUUAUAAUAAUAAUUAUAAUGAUUAUUAUAAUAAUAAUUAUUAUAUGGAUGAAGGAAUUAUGAAUAGCUUUGAUGAGAAUACUUCUAUAGAUUUUAAAAAAACACAGAAUAAAAGACAACAUGAAGAUUUUCUUGUGAAUUCAUUAGACAAAAGAAGGAAAAAAAAGAAUUUUUUAAUAAAAAAUGAACAAGAACAAAAUUAUAAAUAUGAUGAAUAUUAUAAUGAACCAAAUAACAAUUAUGUAUUAAAUAAUAAUAGUCAUAUGAUGUAUUCUCCAUAUCAAAAUAGUGUACAUCCAAGUUAUCAUGUACACAAAAAUAUAGAAAAAAAAAAAAACCAAAAUUAUGAUGAUAAGGUAUAUAAAGAUAUGGAAUAUGAAUAUAAUGAUGUAAAUAAAAAAAAUAGAUCAUUAUGUCGUAAUAAUAUUAGAAAUAAUAAUAAUAUAAUAUCUAACGAUUCAUCUAUUAAUUAUGAAUAUGAUACAUAUGAAGAACGAAAUAUCAACGAAUUAAAUAAUAAUGGAUAUGAUAAUAUUAAUAAAGGUAGUACCUCAUAUUAUAAUAAUGUUGAUUAUUUUAAAGAAAUAUAUACCAAAAUAUAUGAAAAUAUUAAUGUUGCUUUUUCAUCUUUUUUAAAAUGUUAUUAUAAAUGUUUUCUCAUUUUGAAUUUAAAAUUAUAUGAAAAUAAUAUGUUUAAAAAAAAUAUUAUAAGGAAAAUAAAAAAAAUUAUUUAUUUUAAUAAUAGCCUUUAUAGUAUGUUAUAUAUGAAAAAAUUACCAUGUAACAAGAUAUACAAUUUUGUAUUAAAUGAAAUAAAUUAUAAUUUAUUUAAUAAAGAUAUUUUUAAUGACAAAUCCUCUUUUUUUAAAAUUUUAAAAGAAGAUAUUAUUAUUUAUCAAGUUUAUAAACAAAAUGAAAAUUAUAUAAAAAAUAUAAAGGUAGAUUGUAAAAAUGAUUAUAAAUGUAAUAUGAAGGAAAAUGACAUUAUUGAUAAAAAGGAAAAUAUGUAUAGUAAGAAAAAAAUGGAUGAAGAUAUUUAUGUAGUAUCCAAAAAUUUGUAUAAAAUGAAUAACCCAAAUGAUAUAUACAACAUUUUAAUUACAUUUUAUAAAUGUAUGAAGAUGAACGAGAAUUUUGAUGUUUCCAAAAAAAAAAAAAAAUAUAAAAUGAAUAAAAUGGAAAAGAAUUUUAUUAUAUUAAGACAUACAUAUAUAUAUAUAAAAAAAAGAAUAUGUGAUGAAAUAGAAAAUAAUAAUAUUAUAAAUUUAUUUAAGAAAGCAAAAGAAAAGGAUGAGAAUUUUAUUACUAAUAUUGAUUAUUUACAUUCUUUGUUUGAUUCCAGAUUUUGUAUGAUAACUUUAAAUUAUUCAUUACAGAAAUUAAUAAUUAAUUUUUUAUAUGAUUGUAUAUAUUUUACAAUGAAAUAUGAAAAGAAGAAAAUUUAUUUUUCCCUUAUAAAUAAUAUGAUGAAUAUAUAUAAUAUGAUAUUUUCUAUAUUUUAUUUAAGAUUAAAUGCAUUUUCGGAUUUUUCAACAAAUAAAUUAAAUACUCAUAUAUAUAAUUUCAACAAAAAAAAUAUAUAUUCACAUGAUGAUACACAUAUAUAUAAUAUAUUCAAUUGGUUUUCCUUUAUUAAUUAUAGAUAUGGUUGUUCCUAUGAAUUCAUUAAUUUUGUAUUUACUUCUUUCCAUGUUAUCACAAAUUUCUUGGUAAAUAUAAAUAUCAGUACAGAAAUGAGCCAUAGAAAAUAUAUAGGAAGAAAAAAAAACAUAAUUCAUAUAUCACAUGAUUAUUUAAAAAAUAAGCAAUAUCACAAAAAUAUAAUAAAAAAUAAACAAAAAAAUGUCUAUGUUGAAAAAAAGAUAACAAAUGAUGAAUAUAUAAAAUAUAAUAAUAUUUAUAAUAAGGAAGAAGCUACUAAUAUGUUUCUAUUAUCAUCAGCUCAUAAUAAAUUAGAUAAUAAGUUAGAAAAAUACAUGAAGCAGCAAAAACGAAGCAAGCGAAAUAUAAAACCAGAAAGAAAUAUAUUAAAUAAUAUGUAUAUUGAUAAAAUUUACAUUUAUCGAAUUAUAAAACAAAUACAAAAGAACGUUAAUAAAAAUGGAGUCUUCAAAAUUCACGAUAAUUAUCUUGAGCAAAAACUCAAGAUGGAUAUGGAUAAACAUUAUUGUUAUAUUACAAAUAAUAAUAAUAAUAAUAAUAAUAAUAAUAAAAUAUAUAAACAUGAAAAAGAUAAGACAAAAAAAAAAAAACAAAAAAAAAACAAAAAAAAAAAUUAUAUUGAUAUUUAUUAUGGUUUAAUGAAAAAUAUUUUAUUAAACUUAAAUAUGAACAAUGAACAAAAUAUCAUACAUAAUUCAAUAAAAUGUAAAAAGAAAUUAUGGAGAGAUUUUCUUACAAACGAAUCUUUCAAUAAACAACUUUCAAAUAUAUUAUAUAAAAAUAAAAAUUCUCAUAAAAUCUUAAAUAAAAUACAUACAUAUUUAUAUUUUAAUGUAAGUACUAACCAUUAUAUUAAUAAUAACAAUUUCUCUUAUAUAAGAAGAUGUGCUAAAAAUAUAAAACUCUUAAAUUAUCAACAUUUUAGAUUUAAAAACAGUAAACAUAAUAAAAAUGUUGAAUAUUACCAUGUUAUUAAAUAUAAUAAAGAUAUGGAAAAUAAAUUAAUAUUAAAUGAUUAUAUUAAGAAAUAUAAACGAAUUGUUAGAAAAUAUAAUAGGUUAAAAAAAAUAAAAAGAGAAAUAAAAUGUGAAAGAAAUAAUAUGUCCGUUUUUACAUAUGUAGCAUUAAUUAAUAGAAGUUAUAAUAAAUUGUACACAUCUAUAUGUCCUACAUUUUCUCACAUUUUGUUUUUAUUAAUAUCUAUAUUGUAUGUUGAAAAUUAUAAUAUUUUAUAUAUCAAGAAAUCUCCAGAUUUUUUUAUGAUCAAUGAUAUAUAUAAUACAUAUUAUAUAUUUUUGCAUAUAUCUAAUUCUAUUAUAUUAUUGUCUUCCUCUCCCUUAAGAAAUCAUUUACAUUUUAACCCGGUCCUUCAUUUGGAUAAAGAGUUUUAUAAGCGAAGAAUGAUAACAAGGUCGGGGAAGAACGGGGAAAAUGAAAAUGUGGAAAAUGAAAAUGUGGAAAAUAAAAAUGAUGUAGAAAAUAAAAAUGAUGUGGACAAUCAAAAUAGUGUGAGAAAGGUAUUAUAUGGUGUAAAUAAAAUAAAAACUAAUGAAUUAAAUACAAUCAAUUCAAACAGAAAAAAAUGUAAUUUUUUGGGAUCAGAUAACGGGGUGCACGUAUCGGAAGGUAAUAAUAUAUUUAUGAUUAAUAAAAUAAUGAAACGAAAUCAUAUACAUGACGAUGCUAACAAUGAUUCACACAAGAUUGGUGAACAUUAUGGUCAUGUGUAUGAUAAUUAUAAGAAUAAUAAAAAUGAGAUUGAUUUAUCUUAUGAUAAUAGAAAUGUUUCAUGGGAACAUCAUAAAAUAUAUAGAAUAUAUUUAGAUACACUUUUGAAUUUUGCUUGCAUGAAUAUUUUAUUAAUAACAAGAAGAAAACAUAAUAAGAAAACAAAAAUGAAGAGAAAUAAAUAUAUUUAUAUUUUUUGUAAUAUUAUUGAAAAUUUAUUACAGAAUUGUAUCUUUUAUAUAGAUUUAUAUAAUAACAGUAAAUCUAAAAAUAGUAUAUUAGAUAUGGAUGAUAUGUAUAUGAGAUUAAAUAAAUAUUGUAAAGAUAAUAAUAUGAUAGAAUACUAUGAUUUAAUGAAACAGAAUUUAAUAUAUCAUUAUUUUUAUAAAUAUUAUAUUAUAGAUGAAUAUAUUCAUAAUUUCUGUAUAAAACGAAAUGAAUUAUAUAAUUUAGAAAAAUGUUCAUUGAACAUAUUUUAUUUUUCGAUGAACAUUUUAUUAACAAUAUUCAAUUCAGAUAUAUCUAUACAUUUAGAGAGGUCCUUAUAUAAUAUAAAUUAUUUUCAUCAUACAAAUUUAUAUUACGAUAUUAUAUUGAAUAAUAUAAAGAAAACCAUGGCGUUUAUAUAUGAUAGUAAUAAAUCCUCUUUUAAUUCGAUUGUUACUUGUGUGUUAUAUUAUCUCAACAUAUAUAGGAAAAACGAAAGAUUAAUUAUCAAAAAUCAUGAGGACAAGAAGAAUGAAAAGGAUGAUCCUAAUGGUUUUCAUUUUUUUGAUAAAUCUAUAAAAGAUGAAGAUAAAAGCAAUAUUCAAUGUGAGGAAGAUAAAAAGAAAAAAAAUAUUGUGAAUGUUGGUACUAGUAGUUUUUCUUUAAAGAAAUGUAUUUUUCAAAAAAUACAAAACGUGAUAGGUUCUACAGGAAAUAAUAAUAAAAAUGAUCAAGAGAAGGAAGUUAUUUAUAUACAUGAUGAAGAUAGUAAUAAAUCCACCACGCCUAUUAAGUAUGAUGAGAAAAAAAAUGCUCUUCAAACAAUAAGAAAAUAUGAUAAAUAUGAAAGCAAAAAAAAAUUCGAAAAAGAAAAUAAUGUCGAAAAAAUAAAUUAUGUCGAAAAAAAAAAUUAUGUCGAAAAAAUAAAUUAUGUCGAAAAAAAAAAUUAUGUCGAAAAAAAAAAUUAUGUCGAAAAAAAAAAUUAUGUCCAUGAAAAAAAUGAUGUGGAAAAAAACCAAAAUGGUCAUUUUAAUCAUCUUAAGAAUGAUAAAAAAUGUAGAAAAAAAAUUAUUAGUUCAAUAAUAUUUGAUAUGAUUUGUCCUUAUUUAGAUAUAACAAAUAUAAGGAUUCAAAACAAGAUACAAAGGAGAAAUCAUAGUAUAAAUAGUUUAAUAAAUAUUUGUUAUUCUGUAUUAUUUCAUAAUUUCUUAUUUAUUAAAUCAGUAUAUCCAUUCGACAUGUUAACAAAAGAAAAAGGAGAGGAAGAAUUUGAUGAAAAAAAAGUAAAAGUGACUAAAUAUAAUUAUGAUAUAUUUAAUAUGAAAAUGUUAAAUAUUGAGGUUGUCGAAUUAUUUUUAUCUUUAUAUAUUCAUAAGUAUAUGCAUAAUAUAUGUUUAGAUAUAAAAAAGUUGGUUGAUUAUAAUAUGUAUAUGAAUCAUUUCUUUUGGGUAUUUAAGAAAUGUAGUAUACCGAUAUAUCAUAAUGAUUAUAUAUAUUUAAACUAUAAAUUUAAUAAUUUGUAUUAUACUUUUAAUGACUACAAUGUGUUGCAAUUCUUGAUAAAUUUUAAGAGAUCCAAGAGUGAAGGAAAAGAAUUUAUGAUGUCGUUUGUUAAAAUCUUUGAAGAAAAGAUAUGUCUAGAAGAAGAAAUAGGACUAGACUAUAUAGAUCCUCUCAUUUUUAAUAUUUUUCUUGAUUAUAUGAAGGAUGUAUAUAUGACGGAUGAAUAUUAUUUUGUGUGCUUUUAUGAAUAUACGAAAAAUGCGUACAACGAAAAGAAGGACGAUAAAAUGUUUAGCCUUGAUAAUUUUGAUUGUUAUAUGGAUGAGCUGAAUGAAUUAAAUCCUUAUUUAAUAAGAAUGGAUACAAAAAAGAAAUUGAAUGAUGAUAUAUAUAUGACAUAUUUAAGAUUAGUAAUUAAAGAGAACAUAAAUUAUAAAGAAUUAUGUGAUGGAGAAUGUAAAAGAAAAAGUGUAGAUAAUAUUACAAAAGGGGAAUGUGAAUAUAUAAAUAUAGAUGAAUUAGCGAAUGAUAAAAAGAAUAUAUGUAUUGAAGAAAAGACCGAAAGUAAUAUGUUUUAUAAUAAAUUGAAAUUUAUAAAUAAGAAGCAAAAAGUAUGGAAUACAAAAGAAAAGAUGAAAUUAAUAUUAAACAAUGAUCCUAUACGAUUUAAAAAGUUUUAUAUGUAUUAUAAAAAGAUAACAUUUAAUUUAAUAAAUAAGAAGAAUAUAAAUUAUUUAGAUUUAAUAAAAGUAAUGAAUAGAAAACAUUAUAAUCAUUUUAGUAAUAUAUUUUUUAGCUCGUUUGUACAUAUAAUGAGUGAAAUAAAAUAUGAUUAUAAUAAAACAUAUAAUUUUAAUAUAUUAAAAAUAUUAGAUAAACUAAAUGUAGGUUUAAAAGCAUCUUUUUAUAAUAAUAAAAAUAUCUUAUUAUAUUAUUAUACAUUUCAACAAUAUUUUUAUUUAUAUAAAUUUUUAGAAGAUAAAUAUUAUUCUGAAUGUGUGUUAUCCGAAUAUUUAUUGUUAAAUAUAAAAAAUAAUAAAUUCAUCGAGAAUGAAUUAUAUAAUAAUGAUUUGUAUAGGAUGUAUUAUUAUAUUAAAUUUUUAUAUUUACAUAAUAUAUUAAGACAUACAGAUUUGUUAUUAAAUUUUUUAAUUUAUAUAUAUUAUAAAUAUUUUUAUUAUAAUUCACACGCUAUUGAUCACAACUUUACACAUUUUAUUCAUUUAUUUUUGAGUAUUCAUGAAGAAUCAUAUAAUAAUAGUCUUAUUAUGAUUGAAGGUAAUAAAACAAAGGAAAAUAAUAUAGAUCACACAAAUCAGAAGGAUAUAUUUGUAAGAAAUUUAUUUAUGUCUCUUGAUAAAUGUAACUAUAACAAAUUAGGGAAUAAUAGAAAAAAUAUGAAGAAUAUUACAAAUGAUGAUACUCUUUUAAGAAACAAUAUAAAUAAUAUUACAAAUGAUGAUACUCUUUUAAGAAACAAUAUAAAUAAUAUUACAAAUGAUGAUACUCUUUUAAGAAACAAUAUAAAUAAUAUUACAAAUGAUGAUACUCUUUUAAGAAACGAUGUUCUUAAAAAAAAUGAAAUAAUUGAUGAUAAAAAAGGUAUGAGUAUAAAACAAUAUAGCAUUAAACAUAAAUCAUUUUAUAACGAGGAAGAUUAUAUGAGAAAUGAUGAUAAUAAUAAUAAUAAUAAUAAUAUUAUAUAUAAAGAUGCAAAUAAUUACUAUUUAGUAUUAUUAAAUUCUCAAAAUAGAUAUAUACAAAUACUAUUUUAUAAAGUGUUAUGUAAUUUUAUAAAAUGUAAAGUACAAACAUUAAAUGCUAAGAAUUUAUUUAAGAACGUAAACUUUUAUUUAUCAUCUUUUGUAACAUAUUCAUUUCUUAAUACAUAUAAUGAAGACAACAAUUUUUAUUACAAGGCUUUAAAUUAUAAAUACUCCUUUUAUGAUUUUAGUACACUUAAGAAAAACAUUAAGUUGUGUAUAUAUUUGAAAAAUUUAUAUUUAAAGCAUGAUAUGUUUAAUAGUGAUAUAUUAAAUUUUCUGCAUAUUGAGGGAUAUAAAAAUAGAAAACUGAGGAAAGCUAAAACGAAAAUUAAAACGAAAAUUAAAACAAAAGAAAAAAUGAAUGAAAAAAUAAAAAUGGGCAAGUUUUAUUCUAGUGAUAAUAUAAAAUAUGAUCAAAAUGGGUGUAACAAAUAUGAGGGGGAAAAUGAUGUAUCACAUAAUAACGUUUUAGAGAAUCACAAGAAUAGUAGUAGAAAUAUAUAUGGAUAUACAAAUACUUAUCCAAAUACAUAUGUUCAACGUGAUUACCAUAAUGUGAAAGAAACUCAUGAUGUGUUAUAUAAAAAUAAUGAGAAAUUAAAUUAUAAACGUUCUUUUGUUGAAGAUGAUGCGAUAAAUAAUACAGCGGUAGUUAUUAAGAAAUACAAACUGAAUAAUAUUGAUAAUGCUCAUGAUAGCUAUAAUGAUAAUGUAAAUAUCUCAGAAGGGUCCGUAAGUGUUGAAGAAGAAAGAGAUAAUAGAAAAACAAGAAAGGAUUAUGGUAAUUAUUCUGAUGAUAAAGAAGGAUGUAAUAUUAAUUGUAAUAUUUAUGAUAUGAAUAAUCAAUAUGGAAGAAUAAAAAUCGAAAUGGAACAUUCUAAUGAUUGUUAUAAUGAAAGAAAUAAUUAUCCAAUGAAUCAUGCAUGUCAUGUAGAAAGAUGUAAUAUGGAAUAUAAAGAAGAAAGUAAUAAUAUAAAAAACACAAAAUAUGUUUUUGAUAAUACAAAUUGUAUGAAUAUAAAAAAAGAAAUUUAUACGGAUGAAGAUACAAUUGAUUCUAUAGAUUCAUUAAAACAAGCAGAAAUAUUUAAGAACAAAUUUUAUAAAAAUCGCAAAAUAAAAAGAGUUUCUAAGAAAUAUUAUAUUAACAUUUUAAAUUAUCAUUUAAAAAAUAAGGUGCAUGGUUAUUCAAUUAAAUCUUUGGAUAGUUUAAAAUUGGAUGAUAAGUCUAUAUAUUUAAUAUUUUUAUUUCUAGGGAAUAUUUUUACUGUAUUAUAUAAUUCUUUAUUACCCUAUUGUGGUUCACAGCAUAAAUAUAAAAUGAUAAAUGAUAUAAAAAGCAAAAUGGAGAAAAAGGAAAAAGACAAAAUUGUAGUGAAUAUAAACGAAAAUAUGUCAAGUGAUUAUGCAUAUAAAAUAACAACAGAUAGUAAUAGUAGUAGUAACAAUAAUAAUAAUAAUAAUAAUAAUAGUGGUGGUAGGUUUAGUAGUACGAAGGAUCAUAGGAAUAAUUAUACAUAUGAAGAGCUGUUAUUAAAUUUUAUGCUUAUAUCAUUGUGUUAUUAUUCUGAUAGUUUAAUAUUUUUAAGUUAUAAUAUUGUUCAUUGGGAUAAUCAGUCUGAGGAUAUUGAUACAGGAGGGGAUGAGGAAGAAAAGCACAAAAGGGAAAGUAAACAAAAAGGAGAUGAUAUAAAUGGAGGCAUAAAUGGGGGAAUAAAUGGAGGAAUAAAUGGGGGCAUAAAUGGAGGCAUAACUGAUAAAUUGAAUGAUAAUAUAAAUUGUGUCAUAAAUGAUGAUUAUAUAAAAGAUAUUGAAGAGGACAGUGAAAAUGAUAAUAAUAGUAGACAAGGCAAAAGUAAUAUUAUUAUUAAUCAAGAUAUAUCUUAUUGUGUUAAAAAGAAUUUAAAGGUUGAUGAAAAAGAUACUUUCUUAUCGUCAAAUGAAAAUUCAAAUAAAAUGACUUAUGCUAAAUCAAUAAAAGUAUCAAACGAUAAUAUAAAUGAUUGUGUAAUAAAACCAUCUUAUGUUAAUACAAAUAAUUAUUAUAAUUUUCGAAAGAAAGCUGAAGAUAUAUUUAAUAAUGAAAAAGAAUGUGCUAAGAUGAUAAUUCCCUUAUAUAAAUUAUUAGUAACAAGAUUAAAAAUUUGUUUGUAUUAUCCACAUUAUUUUUUCCUAGCAUGCUUAUUUAACUAUAAAUAUGAUACAAACUUAUCUAAUACAUUAUUAAAUUAUAUUAAGGAAAAGAAUUUUUUAAAACAAGGCAUUGUUAAUUAUAUUUUUGAAGAAAAAGAAAGAAAAAGUAAAGAAAACAAAAUAUAUAAAAUGAACUAUUCUGAUAAGGAUAAUAUAAAUAAUAAUCUUCACAGUAAUAGUAUAUAUUAUAGUAGUGAUAAUAAAUUAUACCAAACCAAAUUUAAUAAUUUUGUAAAUAUAAAUAGAAAUAAUGAAAAAAAAGAUGUUAAGCAUAAUUAUAUAUCUGAUGGAAUAUAUAACAAUAAGGAGAAUAAUACAAAUAAUAAAGAUAAUCAAAAUAUUUUAUUUUCUUUAAUGAGGAAAUUAAAAAAUACUUGUGAUAGUUUUAAUAAUAAUGUAGUCUCAUGUAAAAAUACAAUAUUGAAAAGUCACAAUAAUAAUAAUAGUAAUAAUAAUAAUAAUAAUAAUAAUAGUAAUAGUAAUGAUGAUAUCCAUGUUGAUAAUAUUAACAAAGUAAAUAUUGAAUAUAUAAAAAGUCAUCCUACCAUAGAUAAUGACCAUAAUAAUAAUAACAAAAAUUUGAACCAAUAUGUAUAUGAAAGUAACAACAUGUAUAUAAAUUAUUAUUGUGAUUAUCAUGAUCAUAUGUUAAAAGGAACGGAUUAUUGUCAAAAAACAAAUGAUAUCACAUCUAUACAUAGUAAUAUUCUUCAUUAUAAUAUAAAUUUAGAAGAAAAAGAAAAAAAUGGUACAACAAUAGAUGUAGGAAUUAAUAAUAAUGUGGUUGAUUCUAUAAAUGUGGAUCAUAUGAAUUGUUUAGAUUUUGAUGAAUGGGAAAAAAAAAUUGAAGAUAAUGAAUUGAAUUGUUUAAAUUAUAAUAUGAAUAAUUUAAAGGUUCGAAUUAAAAAUAUAGAAAUUCGUUAUGAAGAUGUUAUUAAUGAUAUUAUUGAAGGUUUACAAAAUAUUUUUGAAAAUAAAUUGUGUAGUAAUUAUAAUUCACAAGCUGCUUAUCAUAUAUGUGUAUAUUAUUUUAUGAGAAAAAAUUAUAGCAAAUGUAUAUAUUAUAUAAAAAUAUUUAUUAACAAAGGAAUAUUUAAAGUUUGGUUAAAUGAUUCAUAUAAUAAUGAUUAUUAUAAUUUAUAUUGUAAAAGAAUUAGAAGAAGUGAAUUCUCUAUGAUAAAAUAUUGUACUAUAUUGUUGGAACUAAGUAAAAAUAUUUUAAAGAAAUUGUUAGGAAAAAUUAAUUUUGCCUUAUCCAGAGAAAAGAAAAAAAGAAUAGAAGAUUUAUUUAAUAAUAAACUAGAUGGAGAAAUUAAAAAGUUUUUAUUAUUAUCUAAAAAUGUGCACCACAAAGCUGUAAAUAAUAAAAGUAUAAAUAAUGACAACAUAAAUUGUAGUGAUAGAUUAAAUGAGAUAAAUAUAAAUAAUAAUAUAAAUAAUAAUAUAAAUAAUAAUAUAAAUAAUAAUAUAAAUAAUAAUAUAAAUAGUAAUAUGAAUAAUAAUAAUAAUAAUAAUGUGGAUGUUAAUUUAAAUUAUAAUUUGGAAAAAGAAAGGGAUUUUACACAAAAUGUGUAUAGAGAAAAGGAGGUAAUAAUAAUAGAUGAACAGAAUGAUAAUAUGGUUGAAGCGCCUUAUAAUGACAUAAGUAAGAAUGAGGAAGAUAGUGAUAAAAAAAAUAUAGAGGAGAAUACAAAUAUUGUAAUAGAUGAAUGCAUAAAAGAUCAAUAUAAGGCUAUGAAUUUGAGCGAAAAGCACAAUACAGUAUUAGUAAAUACUACUACAACUACUAAAAAUAAUAACAAUAAUAAUAAUAAUAAUAAUAAUAAUAGUGGUAGUAGUAACAAUAAUAAUAAUAGUGGUAGUAGUAACAAUAAUAAUAACAAUAAUUACUAUAAUUAUUAUUAUAAUAAUAAUAACUGUGUAGUUAAUCAAAACGAAGAAGACAUAUCUAUAAACGAAAACAAAUGGAUCUUUUUAGGAUAUGAGAAUUUAGAACAUUUAAAUGAUGUUUAUGAUAUUUUAAAAAUAUUAUUCGAAUCAUAUACACAGAUUGGUAAAAAUUUAAAACGAUACAAUGACAUAGAUUCCCUGGAAGAAGUUACAUGUAUGCAUGGAUCGAAUUUAUCAAUUGUUAAUAUAAUUUUUAAAAUGAUAACUGAUCAUUUAUGUUUUAUAUUCGAAGUCUUAUGUUAUUUUACUCCUUACGUUUUAAUAUAUCCCCUGAUUUUAUUAUUUACCAAGCGUACAAUAAUGAGUAUUAAAUCGGAUACAAAUAAUAAUCGUAAUAAUAAUAAUAAUAAUAAUAUUGUAAUAGAUGAGAACAAUAAUAUUGUCAUUAUUGAUGAUAAUAGUAAUAUCUAUAUCGAUGAGAAAAACAAAAUUAAAAAGAGCACAACAAUAAAUAUAAACAAUGAAAUUAAUAAUAAUAUUAAUAUUAAUAAUAAUAAUAAUAAUAAUAUUAAUAAUAAUAAUAAUAAUAAUAAUAAUAAUAAUAAUAAUAAUAAUAGUAGUAACACAAAAGAAUAUCUUAAAGAUACAAUAAUGUACCUCAAAGAAGCUUAUGUAAACGAAGAAUUAAUAUAUGAAAAAUCCACAGCAUGCAUGGAUUUAAGAAUUUUAAAAUUAUUUAGAGAAUUUCUUGCUAAUAAAACUGUUACUCUACCAUCUAAUUUAUUAUCUAGAAUGCAAAAUGUAUAUUUAAUUAUAUGCAAAAAGUUAUUGUAUUACCAAAAGAAUCAAAAAGAUAUGGAAAAAAAUAUUAAUAAUAAUAUGAACAUAGGAAAUAAAAAGAAAAAAGAAAGCGUCAUAAAAUUUGUUGAUAAUGCUUUUCUUAAUGGUAACAAAACCAUUCUUUCUUCUUUUCUAAAUGUUUUCCAAAAUAUGCAAUUAUUAAAAUGUAAUAAUUAUCUUAAUUGUGAAGAUAUUAAAAUAUUAACUAACAAACUUGUAUAUAAUUCUGUAUAUACAGAUAUAAAUAAGAACAAGAAUUUAACACGAAUAGACGAAAAUAAGAAACAAGCAGAAAAUAAUAAUCCUAUGGAUAAUGUAUAUAUUAAUAACAUUUUUGAUAGAAUUAAAAAUGACUUAUAUAAAGAAAACUUUAUUACAUAUGGAAAUAUAAAUAAUACUCAAGAAGAAGAUGACAAAAUUCAUAAUCCCGAUGAUAAUCAUCAUCAUAUGGAAAAAACUAAAGAAAAUAAUAUAUUUAAAAAUAAUUUGUAUUAUAUCAAAAUGAAUAAUAUGAAGAAUAUAUGUUUAUAUGAUGAUUAUGAUAUUUUCAAUAAUUUAAAAACGAAAAAUGAAGCUCUCAAUUGUGUAAAUGCUAUUGUAACAGAUAUGAAUUCUUCAGCCAAAAAAAAUGACAACGCAAAUUUUAAGAAAAGAAAAACAAUCGACUCGUCUUUGAAUGAGGUUAGAAAUUCGAUACGUGAAAGGGACUUAAGAAGGCUUAACAGAGAAAAGAGUAAAAUCUUAUAA